GGCAGGCAGUACAAUACAAGCUCUUGGACACAAAUCUACCUGGGAAUCUAUAUUCCUCUCACUGUGACCCACACCUGUUUUGGGACUUUUGGGACCUCCCUGUAGAAGCUUCGUCCUUAGCCAUGUCUCUGCCAGCACAAGCUCCUUCUAAUAAGAGGAAGGCCAACAGGAUCAUCACCGACCUGUCCAACAUUACCCAGGAUGAUGACGAGUCAGACCCCGAGGCCUCUGAGUUCGACCUGGGCACCAAGAUCAAGACGCCCAAGGACGUGAUGCUGGAGGAGCUCUCCCUGCUCAACAACAAGGGCUCCAAGAUGUUCAGGAUGAGGCAGCAGAGAGUCGAGAAGUUCAUUGUGACCAACGAGAACCAGCAGAACCUUGAGAACCUGCUGAUGUGCCCGCCUCCUGUCCCGCCAAAGCCGAAAGCAGAAGUGGUGGAGGAGCUGGUGGAUGAGGAGGCGGAGAGGAAGAAGAGGAAGGAGGAGUAUGUACGCACCUACGUAUCGCCAUGGGAGCGGGCCAUGAAGGGCAACGAGGAGCUGAUGGCCACCAUGAGGUCCCGCAUGCCGGGUCCCAUCCAGAUUCACGCCGAACUGCCUCUGUACAAGAGCUUCAACAGGAUGGCGCUGCCAUAUGGCGGAUUCGACAAGGUUUCCAAGACGCUGACCUUCGAACUCCCAGAGAUCAACAUGACCACCGAGGAGCCGGAGCCUCUGCCCAGCCUGCAGGCCGACAUCCGCUCGCGCCCCUCGUUCAACCGCACGCCCAUCGGCUGGAUCUGCAGCGAGGACCACUCGCACAUCCACAUGGACCUGGACAACAUCCCCUUCGACGGAGAGACGGAUGACCUGUGAACACGCAUGCACACUCGAGCAGAUUUACAAUACACGUCGCCUGAAACACACACACACACCAAAGUACGUGCACUGGAACUUAUAAACACGCAUACACCCUCGCAUGAGUGUAUACAUGAGAGGCACAGUUCAUGACUUACACCACAGACGCAGACAACAUAAACACUAUUAGAACUGCUGAGGCUCCUCUGAACACGAGGCGAACUUUAACCACAAAGAAACAAAAUGAACGAAAAAUUAUUUUAAAAUGGCUCAAUUUGAUAAGUAUCUACCACCUGUCUCUGUGUGCUUUCUUAUCUUUUUCUCCCUUUCUUUAUCUUUGCCAGCUCUGAUUGAGUCUUACUAUAAUUUUGCAUACUGUGAGCUAAAGCGAGACCCGUGUGAAUAGAUACUGAUAAGCACCCUGCACUCUUAAACAUGUAUUUAUGCAAUAAAGAUCCCCUUUACAGAAUGUCUGUUUGCUUUUUGUGUUAACACUGCAUGUGCACGGCCUGGCUUUAAAAUAAAAUACUUUACAUUUAUCAAAGGUCCUUUCCUGCAGCUCUCACUGCAGCUUUCAACCACAGUCUUGGUGAGCUUUGCUCUGCUGCAGUCGACGUGGCUCAGUUGUAGCCACGUCUCCAAGAGACGUGCCAAGAAUAUCCUCUGGAUCGCCCAUAUACGUCUGACCACCUGUUAUCACAUGACCCAAGCGCCAUACCUAAAUGACAUGAUGACUCAUAGGUCACCUCCAUGACCACACACUCCAUCUGUUGAUGAAAACCCUUAGAUGUGGUUGAAGAGGGGCAAAGGGAAAUGCUUCCUGUCAUCUGACUGCUUUAACUGGGCUAUUAAUUUUUUUCUUACUUAACAGAUUUGUAUUGAGGUUCAACAUAUACUUUGAUGCUAAUUUAUGAUUGAUUCCUUUGUACACUUAAUAUGAAGCUACGCUGUCUGAAACUGAUUAGCUUAGCUUAGCAUUAAGACUGUAAACAGGAGGAAGCAGCGAGCCAGGAAACCAAAUCCACCUCCCAGCACAAGAAGAGUCUGCUCAGGAGAGGACAGUUUACCAUUUUUAUAGGAGAUUAUAAACCAGAUCAGACAAAUCUGAAUUUAGCCACUUGUUAGCGACCACCUUUUUUUUUUUUUAUAAAAACAUAAGAGCAUUGUAGUUCAAUUGUGGGACAAUUUAGUGGUGUGUUUUAUGUCAUAGAACAAAACAAAACAGAAUAUGGAAUGUGCAAACAAUGCCAAGUGAUUUCUGUUACCAUUCCUAGGUUUUGUUACCUCUAGACAUCCUCACUAUUCCCCAUUGUUUACAAUCUUAAUGGAAGUUAAGCUAAGCUAAGCUAAGCCAAGCUAAGCUAAGCUAAGCGGCUGCUGGUUGUAGCUCCCUUUAUACUUCACAGACAUAAGCGUAAUACUGCCUAGAUAUUCUUAACCAACUGUUUACUCAUUAUUUAUGCAAAGCUUAUCACCCGCUGGCUGCAGCUUCAUAUUUAUCACACAAGCUUGUUAGUAACAUCAAUCUUCUCACUUGACUCUUGACAGCAAAGCGAGGGAUACUUUCCAAAAUGUC